AUGCCAGAAAACAGCAUCCGCUUUCUGGGCUCAGCCUUAGUUUACAACGACAAGGCUAAAUGCACUAAGGUCAGAAUCACGGGUAAAUAUGGGACUUGUUUUGAUGCCUCCCUCAGGAGAAUGGUGAAGGAAAUUGAAGUCCGCCAGCACGCCAAGUACACUUGUUCCUUCUGAGGUGAAACCAAAAUGAAGAGCUGAGUUGUGGGGAUCAGGCACUGGGGUUCCUGCAUGAAAAUUGUAGCUGGUGGUGCCGGAACCUCCCAGCCCACUUCUGCAGUCACAGUAAUGUCUGCCCUCAGAAGACUGAAGACAUGCAAAGGCCAGUAA